AUGCACAUGGAGGAUGACGUAGCAACAACAGCGCCAGUGAAGCGAGGUUUGCAGGCAAGCUGGAGCAUCCCCCCUGCUGAAUUUGAGCGAGAGACAGGGUACAAUAAACCACCCACAGAUACAGAACCCUGCUCUCCUGGCUGGAAGAUGAGCGGCUCUCCUUCGAAAGAGGAAUUAGAAUGUAAAAUCUGCUACCAGCGCUACAAUGCACACACCCGGCGACCAAAACUCCUGGAUUGCCUCCAUCGGGUGUGCGGUCGGUGCUUGGUCAAGAUUCUCUUCGUCGCCGAUGGCACGGGUUGCAUUUGCUGCCCAUUUUGUCGUCACCAAACCCAGAUAAGCGAGUAUGGGGUAUCUGCCCUGCCCGACGACGCCAAUGUUAUGAACCACCUGACGCUAAGCGACAAAUCAUGGAGCUCAGACUACAAUCAGGAGGUGAUCCUUUCUCCGAAGAGUUUAUUCUCUACCAGCCCAUCACGAGACUCACCCAAUUGCCUGUUUAUCACAAUCAUGGAGGUACAGAGGGAGCCGCGCUUCCCAAGUAACAACAGCAGCUCCGACACAGAGCACAACGUAGAAUCGCUGUUAGCGGGUUCCAAUGGGCAGGCAGACCAGGACUCCCUGACCAAGUUCUGCAAUCACAUCCCACGCAUUCUGGUGUGGCUGCUGGGUUUCUUGUAUUUUGGCUCCUUGCCUCUUGGGAUUUACUUGCUGGUGAUUCAGAGGGUGACUCUUGGCAUUGUGUGCGUCAGCUUGGUGCCGUCCAGUCUGACGGUCUGCCUGGUCUACGGCUUCUGCCAGUGCUUGUGCCAGGGCAUGUGUGACUGUUCUUCCAGGGGAUGA